CUCGCCGUUAUCAGUCGCAAUUUAAAAAUGUUACAAUUUAUAUUCCUAUUGGCGUUUACAACACUUGCAGCAGCCCAAGAAGCUGUAUACGCUCCCAAUUUCCAUCGAGGAGCAUAUCGUUUGUGCACCUACAAGGAAGUGGAUCACGAAAAAUGUCUUCACACCGUCGAGGAAGCUAAGAAAAAUGUCAUAAACCUUGAACUGGAAUGUGUACACAAAAAUAAUCGCAGCGAAUGUAUUGAAGCGGUACGUUAUGGUUCGAGUGAUCUUACCGUAUUGACGGGCCAUGGUUAUCGUGAGGCAAGAAGGGAGCGGCUGCGACCGAUUUUAUUUGCACGAGAGGAUAAUAGUAGCUUAUCCAUAGCAGUGGUGCCACGGUCGAUUACCCUUGUUGAUUUGCAAGAAGCUCCAAUCCAAUUAAAUCAAUCAAAUCAUCGAGCCUUCCAUGCUGCUGCCUAUUUCAAUUUACGACGUGGUCAUGACAUCUGCGGUUUUAUGAAAACAUCUUUGAUGCCCUAUAUUCGGAUUGAAGACUCUGCCCGCUAUCAACCUCAGGAGGAUGAAAUUUUAGUUUGUUCCAAUCUAUUGACAGCCGAAUUUGAAGAUUACCAAAGAUGCAAUGUGGAGGCUGGAUUACAGAGGGCGAUAUUUGCCAGACAGCAUUUGCAUCGAUCAGACACCCACAGAAUUCAGCAAAUAUUCCAAACUAUUUUGGAAGAAUUUAAUUCGCAAUCAGAGCGAUUCAAUUUCUUUGGAAGUUUCUCGGAAAGUGAUAAUGUUAUUUUCAAGAAUAAUACAAUCGGUUUUGAUUUGCGUCCGACCUAUCGCAACGGUGUCAAUGAAAGGGUAUUUAAUAGCCUACAUUGUAAUGAUGAGCACCAGCCGCAUGAUCCAAGGGUUUUAGAAUAAAUAUUAAGCUCUUGGUAAAUAAUGAAAUAUAUAACUAAAAAAAUAAAUAAAAAUAAAAUCAAAUGAAAUAAUUAAACAAAA